AUGACGGCGAACACAUCUUCUGGUGCAUCUUCAUCAAGUGGAAGCCCUAAUGAAGGAUCACGAAGGAUAUUCAAUAUAUCGAAUAGCAAACUGAUGGCUACCCCUAUGGAGGUUGGAGCUAAAUUAAGCAAGAACGUAAAUGGAGAAAAGGUGGAUCCCACACCAUUCAAAAUUCUUGUUGGUUGUAUAAGAUAUUUGACAUGUACUCGAUCGGAUAUUCUUUUUAGUGUGAGAAUUAUUAGUCGAUUUAAAGAGGUGCCCAUGAUGGAGCACAUGAAGGCGACAAAGAGAAUUUUGAGAUAUUUCAAAGGUACUAUAUAUUUUGGACUGCUUUAUUCAUCGUCUAAGGAAUUUCAACUUGUUGGAUAUUCCGAUAGUGAUUUUGCCAAAGAUAUAGAUGAUCGGAAGAGCACAACUGGAUUUGUGUUUUUUAUGGGGUGUAAUGCAAUUUCGUGGAGUUCGAAGAAACAAGCGAUAAUCUCGUUACCAUCUUGUGAAACUGAAUAUGUCGCAAUGACAUCAUGCAUUUGUCACAAAAUUUGGCUUAGAAGAAUGUUGAAGAAGAUAAGUUUGUCAAAGAAUAAAGCGACCACAAUUUUUGUUGACAACAAGUCUGCUCAAGCUCUAACAAAGAAUCAUGUUUUUCAUGAUCGAAGUAAACACAUCGAUACGCACUAUCACUUCAUCUGA